UCGUCUUUCGUCUUCGGUUCUUCUUUGGCAGUUGUCUCUUCAUCACCUGCCCCCUUGUCCAUCAUGGCUCGCACGAAGCAGACGGCUAGGAAGUCUACUGGGGGCAAGGCCCCUCGGAAGCAGCUGGCCACUAAGGCGGCACGCAAGUCGGCCCCUGCCACCGGAGGAGUGAAGAAGCCGCACAGGUAUCGCCCCGGAACGGUUGCACUCCGGGAGAUCCGCAAGUACCAGAAGUCGACUGAGUUGUUGAUCAGAAAGUUGCCGUUCCAGCGGUUGGUAAGGGAGAUUGCGCAGGACUUCAAGACCGAUCUCCGUUUCCAGAGCUCGGCUGUGCUCGCGCUCCAAGAGGCUAGUGAAGCCUAUCUGGUUGGUCUGUUUGAAGAUACCAACCUCUGUGCCAUCCAUGCGAAGAGGGUGACCAUCAUGCCGAAGGACAUCCAGCUGGCGAGGCGUAUUCGGGGAGAGCGUGCCUAAGAUGCGCAAUCGCUUGUGAUUUGGCCAGCCUGAGUGUGUUGGCUCUUCUCAAUGGUGUAUUUAUACACCACCAAUGUUGUUUAGACAUCUGUCUUCUCUCCGAGUGUGCUCGAACCAUGACGUCCCUUUGUACAGCAUUAGGUAUGCCCUGUUGGUUUCAGUGUGUAUAUUUCGAGUGAGGUAAGCAGCUUGAUGAUGGGAGGGGAUUCGUGUGCUAAUCAGACGUUAUGUAAUGAAGAUGGGAGGGUAUUCAUGUGCUCUUGUUUUUCGACUGUUCGAUUGUAGAUUUCUUGGGCCUUCGUGUCGGUUUUCUUUCAUUGCUUGUAUGGCGAUUGAUCCGUUGCGGUGGAGUUUACGUUGUGGUUGUUGAAUGAGGUUUCUUGUAUGAAAAUAUCAUGAAUACGUUGAACGAGGAAAGGACGCGGUGGAGGAUGAAGGGAAGGCAUGCGGAAUGUCGGCGCGCUCUUGAGAUAAUACGUGGCAGGAAGGAGCGAAGGCUGAAGUAUGUCCUGCCGUGGUGUGCUUGAGACAACAUAAGCCAGGUAGCAGGGAGGAUGUUGGAAGCUCGUGAAUGAUGGAACUGGCGGAGAAGUCACAGAGGCUUUGAAUUGACAUAGCGACCGGACGGGAAAGAAGGCGUGUCCGGCGUAGACAGAAGUGGGAGAGUGUACUAUGGUUUCGAAAGUCGAAUCCGAUGCGGACGAGGGUAAUGAGUUGGCAUUGAGCUUUUUGUGGUUGGACUGAACCAUCUUGUGACUGAUGGUGGUGUGAGGAAUGCCACUCGUGGUUAAUGGGUGGUGCUAAUUUCGGCGAAAUUUUCACCGAAACUGCCAUAUUUCCCAGAAUUUUUGCUUGUUUCUUGUUUGAUUUAUGUCUGAUAUUUGCUAGAGGGUAUAUCUGUGCUCAGAUUCAGCAUAUUUGGACGAGUAACGGAGUUGUCGAAAACACCGAAUUCGAGAAAAAAUUUGGCGAACUCCGAAAGCUACUCCGAAUAGGGUUUUAUAGUCCGUUUGAGUUUUUUUUGUUAGUUUUUUUUUGCCUGUUUCGUUUUUUGGGCCUGCAUAGUUUGUUCGCAAAAUUUUUGGACAUUGUUUGCAGUGAUGCGGCGAAAAACCGCAUCCGAAUUUUGGGCCUUCCAUUAACCGCGCGUCACAAAUGCCUGGUCUCUUAGUAUUUCUCUUAUCUUCCACGUAUGUCACUUGUGAUCGACGGUAUACUUAUGUGAUUUGUGAUCGGCGGUAUACUUCAUUCCGUCGUAAUUCUAUUCUCCUUCAGCCGUGGUCGUCUACCAGCUGUUUUUGCGCUAUGAAGCGGGGAGCACGGUGAAUUAUGUAAGAAUCUCGCUAAUUCCUGUUUCAAGUUGUUCUUGUGACUUGGCGUGUGUUCUCCGUCGGUAAUCCCUCUUCGUUGCUGCUUAAUCUCUCUCUACUUUUCUGCUCGCUUGGGUUCCUGUGGUUUAGUGUUUUACCACUUCCUCCAUGUGUUCGCUCUUCUUUCGCCACUCCUUUUUCUAAUAUUAUUCACUUCCUCUUUCUUCGUUGUCUUAAUGAAUAGUAUCCCUACUC